CCGGGAUGCCCCGGCGCAGCCCGCUCGCCCUCGGCCUGCUCGGCCUCGCCGCCUGCCUGCUGGCCGCGCCGGCGCUGGGCUGCGGCCCGGGCCGCGGCCCGGUGGGGCGGCGGCGGCUGGGCCGGCGGCACCUCACGCCGCUGCUCUACAAGCAGUUCGUGCCCAACGUGCCCGAGCAGACGCUGGGGGCGAGCGGGAAGGCGGAGGGCAAAGUGCUGCGCGGCUCGGAGCGCUUCAGGGACCUGGUGCCCAACUACAACCCCGACAUCAUCUUCAAGGACGAGGAGAACACGGGGGCGGACCGGCUCAUGACCGAGCGCUGCAAGGAGCGGGUGAACUCGCUGGCCAUCGCCGUGAUGAACAUGUGGCCCGGGGUGAAGCUGCGGGUGACGGAGGGCUGGGACGAGGACGGGCACCACCUCCCCGACUCGCUGCACUACGAGGGCCGGGCGCUGGACAUCACCACGUCGGACCGGGACCGCGACAAGUACGGCAUGCUGGCGCGCCUGGCCGUGGAGGCCGGCUUCGACUGGGUCUACUACGAGUCCAAGGCGCACGUCCAUGUCUCCGUGAAAGCAGAUAACUCCCUGGCCAUCCGGACCGGCGGCUGCUUCCCCGGCCACGCCACGGUGACGCUGCGGAGCGGCGAGCGCAGGGGCCUCUCCGACCUGCGCCGGGGCGACUGGGUGCUGGGCGCCGAGCCGGGCGGGCGCCUGGUGCCCACCGAGGUGCUGCUCUUCCUCGACCGCGACCUGGGCCGGCGCACGUCCUUCGUGGCCAUCGAGACGGCCAGCCCGGCCCGCCGGCUGCUCCUCACGCCGUCCCACCUGGUGUUCGCCGCCCGCGGCGCCGCCAACGGCUCGGCCGCCUUCCUGCCCGUCUUCGCCAGCCGCGUGCGCCCGGGCGACGCGGUGCUGGCGCGGGGGGCCGGCGGGCGGGGGCUGCGGCCCGCGCGGGUGCUGCGGGUCUCGCGGGAGGACGGCGUGGGCGUCUUCGCCCCGCUCACCUCCCACGGGACGCUGCUGGUGAACGGGGUGCUGGCGUCCUGCUACGCCGUGCUGGAGAGUCACCGCUGGGCGCACCGGGCCUUCGCCCCGCUGCGGCUCUUCCACGGGCUGCUGGCGCUGCUGCCGGCGCGCGCCGGGGCGGCCAACGGCACGGCGCCCGAGGCCGGCAUGCACUGGUACUCGCGCCUCCUCUACCGCCUGGCCCGGGGCGUGCUGGGCCACGAGGCCCUCCAGGCCUAGCCCCGGCCCCGGGAGCCGCCGCGCUGCGGGGUUUAACGGCCCACACGGAAGCGGGGGGCACGGGGGGCCCGGCCCCCGCUUCGGCCCAGGGAGGAGGACGGCAACGUCCCGGCCCUGGGGAGGCCGGGCUGCCCCCCCGGCGCAGCGUCACCGACACGCUGCCGAGACGAGCGCUGCCCGGGGGGGCUGGGACGGGGUCCCUGGACGGGCUCUCGUAGCGGCCCGGGGACCCGGGGCUCAGCCCCUGCCCAGGGCCUGGCUGGACACUCCGGGAACGGCUCCGCACCCUCGCCCCCCCCGCGCCCCCCUGUAUUUAUUGCUUUAUUAACCACUGCGGCUGGGGUGGCUUUGCUGCCUGGUGAGCCCAAGCUGGCGCUGGGCACCCUGGGCCCUGCCCUGGGGCCCGAUCCAGCCCGGGGGGGCUGAACCAGCCGGCGCCCAGGCUCCCCCCGGGGCGUCGCAGCCCCGUUGCGGCUCGGUGCCGCCGGGCGGGCGGGAGGGGAGGGGACCCACGCGGCCCCCGGGGCGCCUGCGGCAGGCGGGGUGCCCCGCGCCGGGCCCAGCUCUAACCCGCGCUAACCGCUAACCUGCCCUGCUUGAGAGUUUUAUUUUUCUAUUUAUAAAUGGUAAUAUAAAUGUCCCCCGCGCCGCCCUCCCCGGCCGGCAGGGCCAGCCCUGCCCGGGCAGGGGGCAAACGUGCUUUUAACCAUUUCUGUUUAAAAAGAAUAAUACUAUUUAAUUGUUUUGGUAAAUAAAGAGAAUCUAUGGCCCUUGCUGGAAGGUGGCUGGCAGCGGG